UUUCAUUACAAUUGCAAGUAUUCUCCAUGGAGGACUGGAGGUCCGUGGUUGUUUAGGAGACACAUGAAUGAACAAGAUCAUGAGCUUCAACAAUAUUCUUAGAACCACACCUCUCUCUCUUUCUUCUUCCAACACCAAACCAAUUAUCUCCCACCUCCUUCAUUCUCCUCCCACCUCUCUCUUCAGACUUCUCCCAUCCAAAACCGUUACUCCUGCCGUUUCAUUUCACCAGCAACAGAGGCGCCGUUUGCGUGGUGGGGUUGUUGCCAUGGCUUCACAUGCGCCUGGGUCGGUCCAGAAAUCCGAAGAAGAGUGGCGCGCCAUUCUCUCCCCUGAACAGUUUCGGAUCCUCAGGCAAAAGGGCACCGAGUAUCCUGGAACAGGAGAAUAUGACAAGUUCUUUGGCGAGGGAGUGUACAACUGCGCAGGUUGCGGGACUCCUCUCUACAAAUCCACUACAAAAUUCAAUUCUGGUUGCGGCUGGCCAGCUUUCUUUGAGGGCCUUCCUGGAGCCAUAAACCGCACUCCGGAUCCUGAUGGAAGGAGGAUUGAAAUAACAUGCGCUGCUUGUGGAGGACAUCUAGGUCACAUCUUUAAAGGCGAAGGAUUUCCAACACCCACCGACGAACGCCAUUGUGUCAACAGCAUUUCACUGAAGUUUGUGCCUGCUAAUUCUUAGUCUUUGUAAUGAACUCUACUAUGUGGAAUUAUGGAUAUGCUGGAAUAAUUAUGUCACUGAAAUGAAGACGGAUAAUGGAGUGGUAACCUGUGUUUCCCAUGCUGUAAUGGUACUGGAUUCUUGUAUUGCUAUUAUGUGAUUGUAGUAUGGAUCCUGAGUUUAUGUUCAAUAUAAGAAAGUUCUGAUGCUAAGACUAAGAAUGUUGUAAUAUUGUGCUGUAUGAAUUGUGUGUAUGGAAUUGCUAUCCAUCAGUGACAAA